AGUAGGUUGCAUGCAGUUACGAACCCCACGUGACCGCGCCACUCUCCACUCGCACUUGCAGAAACCAGACUCUCUUCUCAGAUGUCGCCUUCUCGUGCUCGGCGACGGCAAAAUAAAGCCUAACCGUAUCCUCUCCCUGCUACCCAGACACCCAGAUCUCACGAUUCUCACCCAGUACGCAGCCGUCGGCCCGUCGCAGCGGCAGUACCCCCCACGCGGCCACGCCACUCUCCACUCGCACUUGCAGACGGCAGACUCUUCUCAUUCUCGCGCUCGGCGACGGCAAAAUAAAGCCUAACCUUACCCUCUCCUUGCUACCCAGACACCCAGAUCUCACGAUUCUCAGGCGGUACGCAGCCGUCGGCCCAUCACAGCGGCAGUACCCCCACGCCACUCUCCAAUCUCCACUCGCACUCGCAGACGGCAACUCUGUCUUGCUCUUCUUGUUCUGAUGACUCAUCACCUCUGUUCUUGGUUGCAUACCAGAAAUGGCAGCUCCCGAGGAGGAGACAUUCGUGACAGUGUACCAUGUACAGCCGAUUGCAAGAGCCAGAAAAGGUGCCGCUCAACCAGACAGCAGUGGCAAUUCGCCUGCUGUCAUAUCCGAUGAGCUGCUGAGCAGCAGCAGUGGUAAUUCGCCUGCUGUCAUAUCUGAUGAGCAUGAAAAGCUUAGCAUUGAAAUUGAUCGGGGAGAAAGCUCCCGCCCUCCUGAUGCUAUUGAUCAGUGGCUGCAAUCCAUAAAGCAGGCACCUGCAAGCAAUCAAGGACAAAAGUGCAGGAUACAGAAGGUCCCGGAGACACUGCGAGAGAUCAAAUCCAACAAGAAUUGCUACGAGCCACAUAUGGUUUCAAUCGGUCCUUACCACCUCGGGAAGCCAAAGCUCAAAGAAAUGCAGAAGGUCAAGGUUCUGAUGGCACGAGAUUACAUUUGGAACUGCGAUAAUACUGGUAGCUCGUCGGUUCGUAAAUUGUAUGACAAGGUUGCAGAGGUGGCGGUCCAAGCAAGGCAGUGCUAUGCGGAGGAUGCAACAGCAGACCUGAACGAUGUAGCCUUCACUCAGAUGAUGUUCUUGGACGGCUGCUUCAUUCUCCAGUUCUUUAUUUGUUUGUUUGAAGAAAACAGGGAUGAUGAUGUGAAGAUGAGAAGCCUGGACAACCCUUUAGUUCUGCGGGACUUGUUCUUGUUGGAGAACCAACUCCCUUUUGUAGUCCUGAAGCAGCUGAUGAGCUGGAGCCUUGAAGAAAAAUACUGGCUAAAGAAAAUCAAAAGUUUCCUUAUUAGGCGAUGGUCCUUGAAAAAGGUUUCAAAAAAUAGCCAAGCCUGGCUAAAGAAAAUCAAAAGUUUCCUUAUUGGGCGAUGGUCCUUGAAAGAGGUUUCAGAAAAUAGCCAAAAUCAGCCAGCAGGUAAAGAAGAACCAGCUCACCUACUUGACCUACUACGGGCUCAGCUCAUCAACUCGAACGGUCAAAACAUUGAUACCCAGUCCAGUACUAGUGACAGUUCCUCUUACUCAAGUACUAGUAACAAUUCCUCUAACUCAAGUACUAGUGACAAUUCCUCUAACUCAAGUACUAGUGACAAUUCCCCUCACUCAUUUCGAUCAGUGAAGGAUAUGAAGAAGGUGGGGGUCAAUUUUAGGCCUAGCAAAACAGGACGUUUCACAGACAUCAGCUUUAAACAGCAUCUCUUCGCUGGGUGUCUCGAACUCCAUCCAGUAAUUGUAGAUGACUAUACCAAGUCUAUUCUUCUGAACUUGGUAGCCUACGAGGCCUGUCUUGGCACCGAUGAUGAUUUGCAGAUAACCGCUUACAUAUGCUUCAUGGAUGCGCUGAUCGAUCACGCGGAGGACGUGACGGAGCUGCGGUCCAGUGGCAUACUCUUUAACCUCCUGGGCAACGACCAGAAGGUGGCUGAUCUGUUCAAUGAGAUAGCUGAGAAUUUGGUGGGAAAUGAUUUUUAUAGAGUAGUCCAGCAUAAGAUUGAUCACCAUCAAAAUAGCAAGAUAAGAGUAUGGAUGGCAGAGUGGCUGCACGACCAUUUCAGUUCACCUUGGACUGUUCUGGCUUUCAUUGGUGCGAUUGUUGCAAUUGGUCUGAGUAUUACUGAAACGUACUUUGCAAUAAAAAGUUAAAUAGAGAACACGCAGACAUCAAGUAAGAAAUUCAGUUCCGCCGAAUUUGAUCCUACUUCAUCUUACAUACAUGGGGACAAGUCGAGCAUUUCGAUUGUAGACUUGUGUUUUGAUUUUUCCUGCUGGUCUGUUUGAAUUUCAUUUUGAGAGUGCAUAUAUAUAUUUGAGAGUUUCUUUAGUUAUGAUAAACUCGUUUAUAAACAUAAUAUUUGUUUUCAUGUUA